CCAUAGAAACCCAAACAAGACUAAAGUAGUAGGUUGGUUAAUAUUUACACAGUGACAGGAAUAAGAGUUUUAUUGUAUGCAAUAACUGGUAUAGAACUUUGCCUGGUGUCAAAUCAAUAAUCAUAAACAGGGUUGGGUAGUUACUUUCUAAAUGUAAUCUGUUACUAGUUAAGUGUCAAAUUGUAAUCCGUAGCGCAACUUUUGAAUUACCCAAACUAACAGAUUACGUUCAGUUACUUUUGCAUUACUUUCCCUUUAAAGAGGUGUUAGAAAAAGACAAAGGAACCAUCCAACACAUUUGGUGUGUCAUAGUGGUCUCUGACUUGUGGUCAGACUCGCUCAGGCGGACAAACUUAAACUUGUGCAAUUGUUCAACGCUGAAUUGAAUGUCAGAGAAAACAAAGUGUCAAUGUAUUUUUUCACAAACAUCCUUUCUGAAUUUAAAAGUAAUUCAAGAAGUAAUCUAGUUUUUCUAAAGAAUCUAAUCUGAAUACAGUAUUUUAGCUGGUAAUGUAGUUACACAUCAGUCAUGAAUUACAGUGCUUUGUGAUAUGCUUAGAGAGAGAGUAUCGCGAUAUAACAAAUUACUUCCUGAAAGACUUGAGCUGUUUCGCUACUAGACUGACAUUGGUCCAUCCAAUCUGAUUCCUCAUUCUGUUCCGUUAUAGACACAGGCCAACAUUAACCACAUAGAGACAUAGGAGGUAUCUAACUCUGUUCUCGCUCUGAGAAGUAAACAUGUCUGUGCUGAAUCUCUCGUCCAUCCACCUACUGCUUCUCUUCUCCUCUCUGUCUGGAGUAGAUGGCUAUUUUGGACACUUUGAGAUGAGGUGUUGGUUCAGCUCCGAGGAUCCCCGAGAUAUUGAGUAUCUGCUGCAGGUCUACGGCAACAAGAAGUUACUGGGACAAUACAACAGCACAACAGAGAAAUGUACGGUCUACACACAAUGGAUGAAGAACUUCACUGAAACGGCCUGCAAAGGCCCUGCUUUUCUGGCCGACAGGAGAGAAGAAAUGAAGAAAUACUGCAGCAGCAACGUUCCUGUGGUAUAUGGGUACUUACUAGAUAAGGCAGUUGAGCCCUACAUCAGCCUGAGAUCAGUGGAGCCGUUCAGUACCAGACACCCGGCUAUGCUCGUGUGCAGUGCCUACGACUUCUACUCCAAACCCAUCAGAGUGAUGUGGCUGAAGAACGGACAGGAAGUGACCUCAAAUGUGACUUCCACAGAGGAGCUGGUCAAUGGGGACUGGACCUACCAGAUCCACUCGCACCUGGAGUACACUCCCACACCUGGAGAGAGAAUCCCCUGUAUGGUGGAGCACUUCAGCCUCACUGAGCCCAAACUGUAUGACUGGGACCCCUCCCUGCUUGGGCCUGAGAGGAAUAAGAUGGUGAUCGGGGCCUGUGGACUGCUGCUGGGGGUGGUCUUUAUAGCAGCUGGACUGAUCUACUACAGGAAGAAAUCUACUGGUGAGGAGACACCGGCUAUUCUAUGUCAAAACAACCAAAUACUUUUCAAGUCCAAAUUUGAAAUGUAACUUUAUCUGUUUCAUUCUCUCUCAGGAUUACGAGUGUUGGUGCCGACCAUGGCGCUGCCAGAAAGUUAUGGCACCAUAUAGUGGUUCACACCAGUCUGCCUUCUGAAGGUUGUGAUCUGAACCCACUUAAUUAGUCUGGGUACCAGUCUUUUUAGCUAACAUUCCACUCCUCGUAGCCUUUUCCGUGACAUAUGCCAAGGAGGUCAAGUAGUGGAAUGUCAGCUAAAAAGACUGGUACCCAGACUACCACUUAAUCAUUCCAAGCAUAAUGUCCUCUGUCUCCCAGGCCUUUUGCAUUGGAGGAGAGGAGAGGUUGCAGCCAGAAACUCCCAAGGCCCUUCUAUAGGGAUCACAAUCACGACAUUCAGAUCAAGAGUUUACCACCGAGUGGCCAACGUGAUCAAAUCUAUGUCCACAUCCUGUGCGUCUGAGACGUUAGAUCUAUGAUAUGAUUUUGUAAGGUAUUUUCAGAUGUGACAAACAAGAUUGGUUUAUGGAAUUGUUCGUCCUUAGGUUUCGAUUCUAAUUCUUGUUUCAAUUGGCAACUGAUGUUAUUGUUAACUUGGCUUUGUCUUUUAUUAAAGUAGUCUUAUUUUGCAGU